UUCCUGACUGGCACUCUGCAGAAUUACGCUCGUAAGUACAACCUACCGAUUGAUCAUCUCAGCUUCCAGUUCACUCUACUGCCCUUCUAUCGAAAUCAGGAGGAGAUCUCAGCAGCACAGGCUAAUCUGCGUUUUGGUGAGGUACUGGAGGCUGACAAGCUAAUUACUCCUCCAGAAGACGGCGUCUUAGUUCACGGCCUCUUCAUGGAUGGAUUCAGGUGA